AUGGAAAAUAAAAGCGAAGCGCAAUCCGGGUUGUGGUGGCGUCACUUGGUUGCUGGGGGUCUUGCGGGGGCAGCAUCACGCACCUGCACAGCUCCAUUGGAUAGGAUAAAAGUAUUCUUCCAGGUCCAGCCACAUAAAACUGCGAUGUCGGAGACUGUCAAAUAUAUGUUGAACGAAGGAGGCGCCCGCAGUAUGUGGCGUGGCAAUGGCAUUAACGUUUUGAAAAUUGCCCCCGAGAGUGCGAUUAAGUUCGCAGCCUAUGAUCAAAUUAAACGACUGAUUCGUGGCAGCGACGAAAAGCGACAAAUGACGAUGUUCGAACGCUUUGUGGCGGGAGCAGCAGCGGGUAGCAUCGCGCAAACUACCAUAUACCCAAUGGAGGUACUAAAAACCCGGUUAGCACUGGGUAAAACCGGCCAGUAUGCAGGUAUUUUGAAUGCUGCGAAAAAGAUCUAUUUGGCAGAGGGUGCUCGAAGUUUCUAUCGUGGUUACAUUCCGAAUAUGUUGGGCAUUAUUCCAUAUGCAGGCAUUGAUUUGGCAGUGUACGAAACGUUGAAGAAAAGAUACUUAAGCACUAACGGAACGGAACAACCAAGUUUCCUGGUACUUUUAGCUUGCGGCAGUGCGUCUGGCACCUUGGGACAAUUGUGCUCGUACCCAUUGGCGUUGAUACGAACACGACUGCAGAUACAAGGGGCAAACAAAAAUAUGCAACCAACUCUUGGAAUAGUACUAACGCAAAAUAGUUCAAUCGACGAUGGGAACAUGUUCGGGAUAUUUCGGAAGAUCCUGAACAAUGAGGGUGUCUGUGGUUUGUACCGUGGCAUUACGCCAAAUUUCAUUAAAAUGGUACCCGCAGUGUCCAUUAGCUAUAUAACAUACGAGUAUUCUAGUCGUGCGUUAGGUGUGAGUAUGACGUGAUCGCUUACUUUCGAAUGUCGAGGAAGCCUGUGAUUCUAACCGACGUGUGAUGUUACAUUACGAAAAAACAAUAUGAAAAAUUAAAACAAUUUAGUUUGUAAAAAUCCAAUGUAAUAUAAUAAUAGAUCAUAGAUUAUAUAGGCAGGACAUCAUAGAUUUCAUUUUAUUUAUUUAAAUUAAGUAAAAAUGUUUAAGUAUUUUUAUUACACAAUCAUUUCUAAAUAAAUAUUACGA